CAAUCAUGGUGAACUUACUUCAGAUUGUGCAGGGCCACUGGGUUCAUGUUCUUGUCCCUGUGGGAUUUGUCCUUGGAUGUUAUUUUGACAGAAAGAAUGAUGAAAAGCUACCUGCCUUCCAGAACAAGAGUGUGUUAUAUAAAAGGGAAUUGCGACCCAGUGAAGAAUAUACCUGGAAGUAAAGACUGGCCGACAUAUACAAUGUUCACAUUUUAAAGUUCUGAGAGAAAUAAAACGUGUCAUUAUUGAAAAAAAAAAA